AAACGGGAAGUACUUCAGAGAGGCACUGAGUUAGCCACCUGUGAGCUCCACACACAGUGUGACAGCAGUGAACUGUGAGAGAGGUGCAGGAGCAGGUUAGGUGCUGUAACUUUGUAGAUUCCUGAUGGCGUCUGGUCCUGGCAGCAGAGCGGAGGAACAGCCACCAGUGCUGCCGGUCAAACAGCACAGGCGUCUUUCCUCCAGAUGCUCCAGCGUGGAGUCUGACUGUGUGAUGCUCAGCCUUGUUGGACUCCAGCAUCAAACCUACGCAUGCGACGACGUCUUCCCCGAAGCCAUGGAUUGUCAUGCGGCCCAGUGCCCCAUACACCAGCGCUACGAUCGGCACCAGGUGAGAUUUUUCUCCGAUGGCACCCCGCCGCCCGUUCCAAAGAAGAGGUUAGCUCGCACCCUCUCCCUCCCCGGCAACAAUGCGCCUCAACUUUCCCCUCUGUCUCCACUGCAAAGAUGCCCUCAAAACUUUGACAACCCCCUGUACAUGCUGGCACCCAUACCCAAUACAUAUUUCCUCGGGGAGAUGGAAGAGUUUAAAGCAGUCAGUGGGAGUCCUGUCCCCUUACUGUCCUUCUCCCAGCUGUCCUUUGACACCCCGGACGAACACCUGCCCUACCUCUUCAGCGGAUUUGACGACCAGAGAGUCGUCUCUCAGGGGAUUCAGCAUCGACAUCUCCUCUUUCUGAGGAGCACGGCACAGAGCGUGGAGGCUGGGAUCCUGCUGCAGGGAGAGGCCGCGGAGAGGGACGUCACCUCAUGCCUGCCUCAGGAUUUCCUGCUGUGUCAGGGCAGCGAGCCAAAGCAGAUCGGAGACACGGUUUGCUACAGCCUGCACAGCCCCAAGCUCCCAGGGAGGAUGCUUGGUUUACGGGUACACAAACAGAAUGAUGGAGCUUCCUCAGCUCACACCAAACACCAGCCACCGCAUGUCAACGUGCAAGAUGUUAUCGCUCAUUUCCAAGGAAGCAGCACCCUGAGGAACGAUUCCAGCAUUUCACAAGCUCAAGGUCCCUCUCAUUUUCAGUCAGACUGCACUGCUGCUAAACCCCAAGGAGGAGGCAGCACUGAGAGUGCCGCAGCUCAUGUGAGCAGUAAUCUGACCUCAGUUCAGUCUUUCCUCCAGAAAGGGCUCUCGGUGAGCGUUGAGAGAGACCUGCCUCGUGCCACCCUAGAGGACUUUGUUCAGGAGAGCAGCUCGCUGCAGAACACAGAUUGUUUCGAUUACGACAGACGCGUUUGUGCCCUGUUGCUGCAGAUAAUAACGGGCUCACAACAUCUGUACAACGUCAGCGCCACUGCAGCUGAGCUCAGGCCUCGGGGGAUCCUUUUAGUGUGGCCUGGAGGGGAGAAUGAAGAGGGAGAAAACAAGCUAGAACAUGACACCCCGGAAACAAAAAGAGAGCACAAGACCAGCAGAAGGAAAGAGGAAAUGGAGUGGGGAAAGAUCCAGACGUUAUGGAGGACACACGGUUCCCCUCGUGUGGUGUUAACCCCGCUAUCGUCUGCUCCGUCUGUACCUAACCGCCUCACCUACAUCAAAUCCCAGAUAGGAGCCUUAAUUCAAUACUUCCUCAACUCACAAGACAGCCUGACACCUCUGGACCCAGGACCAAACCUGUCCAUGUCCUCACACCGAAGGGGGCUACUUUAUCUGGCAUCUCGGCUGCAGAGUGAGCGCAGCGGGCCACAGAUGGCCGACAUGGCGGCCAUGCUUCAGGUGCUCCUCUGGGGGCCCCGUGUCCCCCUCUUCAAUCACAGAGGCUCUAUGGCCACCACGGUGCACAACUGGCUGACGGUCAAGCGAGCCCUGCUGGUGAUGAAGUUGGCAGAGAGGGGGCUGAUCCAGGAUCAGUCUGCUAUGGAUUGGGAGGACUUCAUGUGCCUGCAAUACCUGUCGUUUACAGACCCUGAGACAGUUUUGAGCAUGACUAGUCAGCUAUGGCGGACUCUGAAUCUGGACAGUCCAUGUUGAAAUUAAAAGUUGCAGUCCAACAUAGCAAGUUGUAAACUGUCAUACUGUAUUAUGCACAAAAAAAUACACAAAGAAUGUGAAUUUGAUGAGACUAUCAUUUCUUUUUCAACAAUUAGGACUUUCAUACACUGCUCCUCAAUUAAAUAUUGAUCCAACAAAAUGCUGCAUAAUCAUUAUGGUCCCGAAAAGGGUAUUUUCUCAAUCAGCUUUUUACAAUAAGUGAUGGAAUUGUACAUGAACAGCGACUCCAUUUUUCUGAAUAAAUCAUGAAGAUGAAUACAGCAUACAGGUCUCAGUAUGCACCAAAGGAAGAGCUUUUCAGACCAAGCAGCAGCAUCUGGAAACCUCUUUCCCAACAUAAGAAUCGAGCCAUUCCAUUUCUCCAACUAAAUAGACAAUUAUGCCCACUUCACACAGCAGAUGGGACAGGUGUGCAGCGGUGGGGAAGUAAGGCGCUGUUGUGAUUCUCGUCUUUUUUAACUUUAAAUAAAUAACCGCCAAUAGAUCCGUAGGAACCAAACUAAGUUCUCCAAGC